CGGCGGCGCGGCGGCGGGGGAGGGGGGGAAGAUGGCGGCGUCCUCGUUGGAGCAGAAACUGUCCCGCUUGGAGGCCAAGCUGAAACAGGAGAACAGGGAGGCUCGGAGGCGCAUCGACCUCAACUUGGAGAUCAGUCCGGCCCGGGCUCGGCCUAUUAUUGUGAUCACUCUAAGCCCUGCUCCCGCUCCAUCCCAACGUGCAGCAUUGCAGCUUCCCUUAGCCAAUGAUGGCAGCAGUCGAUCCUCCUCUUUGGAGAACUCACCCCAGCAUCACACUCACCCAUCACGCCCCCGAAACAUGCUGGGCCUGCCUCAGCCACCGUUCCUCAUGCACCGGAGCAUGGAGAGUAUAGAGAUUGAUCAAAAACUACAGGAAAUCAUGAAGCAAACAGGUUAUUUAACCAUUGGAGGGCAGAGGUAUCAAGCGGAAAUCAAUGACCUAGAAAAUCUGGGUGAGAUUGGAAGUGGGACAUGUGGACAGGUGUGGAAAAUGCGUUUCAAGAAGACAGGACACAUCAUAGCUGUGAAGCAAAUGCGUCGUUCUGGUAACAAAGAAGAGAACAAGAGGAUUUUGAUGGACCUGGAUGUGGUGCUAAAGAGUCAUGACUGUCCCUACAUUGUUCAGUGCUUUGGGACAUUCAUUACAAAUACGGAUGUUUUUAUAGCCAUGGAGCUAAUGGGCACCUGUGCAGAAAAACUGAAAAAACGCAUUCAGGGGCCUAUUCCUGAGAGGAUCCUGGGAAAGAUGACUGUGGCAAUUGUCAAAGCACUCUACUAUCUGAAAGAGAAGCAUGGGGUCAUCCAUAGAGAUGUGAAGCCUUCUAAUAUCUUGUUGGAUGAGAGAGGACAAAUCAAACUGUGUGACUUUGGGAUCAGCGGCAGGCUGGUGGACUCAAAAGCCAAAACCCGGAGUGCUGGUUGUGCAGCAUACAUGGCGCCUGAAAGAAUAGAUCCUCCUGAUCCCUCAAAACCAGAUUAUGAUAUUCGUGCAGAUGUGUGGAGCCUGGGCAUCUCUCUGGUUGAGCUGGCUACAGGUCAGUUUCCUUAUAAGAACUGCAAAACUGAUUUUGAGGUCCUCACCAAGGUGUUGCAGGAAGAUCCCCCCCUUCUCCCAAGCAACAUGGGAUUUUCUGUGGAUUUCCAGUCCUUUGUGAAAGACUGCCUUACUAAAGAUCACAGGAAGAGACCAAAGUACAACAAGCUACUUGAACACAACUUCAUCAAGCGUUACGAGACACUGGAAGUGGAUGUGGCCUCCUGGUUCAAGGAUGUCAUGGCUAAGACAGAGUCCCCCCGCACGAGCAGCAUUCUCAGUCAACAUCACCUGCCAUUCUUCACCAGGUAGCUGUGUAGUGUGGCUGUUGUGCCGGGGAAAGGGCCCCUUGGCAGCCAGAGCUCACAAGGAGGGGCAAGCAAGAACACCACAACAGGCACCUGUCUUCACAAAAGCAACUCUUCAGUGGCUUGAAUGGUUUGCUUCACCUGCUCCUCACCCUUGCCCAUUUCAUCUUCUUCAGUACUACGAAGAGAUGGCGUGGUGGUCUGGCAUUUCUGGAAUUUUGGGUGCAUUUCAGAGUCUUUUGCCUCUCAGGCCCUGGACAGCCCAAGGAUACGGGGCUCUGGCCUUUUCCAGCCUGUGCUUGUAUGCUCUGUGUUGAGCAUCUGCCACCAGGAGCUGCCACCCAGUUACUGUGUGCUCCCUGCUUGUCUCUCUCCACCGUGACUGGGGACUGGAGCAACCCCUGCUCACGCACUGUGAACAGACACAAAACACACAAAAGGAAAAAGAAAAGAUAUUUUUUUUACCACUUAUUUAUUAAGUUUGGACUUCUGGUUCUUCGGGCUGCCUGCUGCACCCGUUCACCACUUCUUGUGUUAUUACGUGUUCUUUCUGUUUUGUUUUUGUUUGUGUUCAUGGGUUUGUAUUUGCUGAGGGGGAAUGGGGCUGGGGAUAGGUGAGUCAGCUGCUGCUUUAGAUUCUGAGCUUAGCUAUUGCUGUUGUCUUGGUUUCCUUUUUUUCUUAGGGCUGGGGGGACAGGAAAGGGAAGGUUGAAGACUAUUCUCACCCAAGAGUAGCUCGGUUAAAGUGGUUGUUUUUCCCUCUUCAAUUCUUUUUUGAUCUCAGGGGUUCCUAUUCUUUUGUUUUGAAUGCGAACAAAGUUUUGUCAGUGGUGUUUUAUUUACCAAAGUGUGAGUUUGGUGCUAGGAUAAAUGCUUGUUCAUUUUCUUCAAGUACUUAAGAAAAGAAAAAGCAGAACUUAACGAUGAUCCUGGCAUCAAGAAAGCCAUUUUUAAAAAGAUUCAGCCCAAAUGAUCUCUUAAUGCUGUGACAUAGGGGUGAUCUAAAACAAAACAAAACAAAAUGACUAGAUGGUAAUAAAUAUAUACCCUCUGAUCUCUUGUAGACUUACUGGGCUAGAUUCUUAACUGGUGUCAGUUGUGUAUUUCCAGUUGAGGAAUAGCCAGUUUGGUCCUCCAAGAUCAUGGACUAGAAUCUGCACUGUCUGUCUGAACGUCCAAACUGUGUGGAUUCUCAGAAGUGGGUAUCCAAACAACACAGAAGGCUUAGAGGACAAAGAAGGGUGAGCACCCAGCUUAGUUCUGUUCCAUUUCACAAUAGAACUUCUUUUCUUCUAGCAUUUUCUAAAGGAUAAGAAGACUUGAGGAACAGGAUCCAGUCACCUCUAAUUUCGAGGUGCCUCUUGAACUGACAGGCAUUCUCAGUUUGAUAGGGGCAUGCCAUAGGAGCCAAGUUGUCUGCGUCUCUGAAGUUGUAAUGUCAUCUUUUGGAGCAGCCAUUGUCACCAGCAGCUUUUAGAAUGAGAGAUGGCCAGAGAAUGAGUCCUGGUUUCUUCUUCAGUCAAUCUCCCAGUAAAAUUUGGUAGCUUUACAGGUGGUCCAGAGGCUAACACACAAGCUUGAAGCUUUGCAUGUUCACCUGAAGGUGAGGCUUACUCUUGCUUUCUCCUGCUAGCAAAGGUUUAGAUACUGUAUUCUUUGCACUCUUCCCUACUCCUCUGGACUUUUCAGUUAGUUUUUAAAUUAAUGGCAUGGUAAGAAAAGGCUCACUGUGGCAGAGCCUCGCUGCAAUGAUGCACUGUGUUUUCAGGUAUUAUGCUGAGAGUCGUAUUAGGGAUGCCACACGAAUAGAUCUGUUUUAUAGACCUGAACCCCCCCCCCCCAAUUCCAACAUUUCACAAAAGUUUGAAGUAAGGGCCUGCAGUGUUUGGGAUGAUUUGAAAAGGGGAUGUCAGUGAUUCAGGGAUAUCUGCCUAAAACUACGUUCUGUGAUAACAUAAUCUGUAUGUUCUGGCCAUUUCCAAGAGGAGCUCUUGUAUUGAAUCGGUGAAAGAACUAACUUAAGGCCUGGUCAAUGCCAGCAUCAGUGAAGCGGGGAGCAGUGUCAGCAUAAUCCAUGCACAGUUAUCGUGCUUGGGUGUGAGAAACAGUUUGCCAUAAGUCAGACAGCAGGACCAGGAAAGGCAUUCAAAGGGAGUAUGUGGGCAGCAGCUGAGUGCAAUAUGGCUGUUUACAGCAUUUUUAAAAUCCUGAAAAGUGAACAAAGAAUACAUGUUUCCAGAUAUCCUAAAGAAGGAGUGCUCUGUUUAUGUAAGAUGGAGACUUUGAUACAGGUGGCUGUGGCAUAGUGUAGUACUUCCUUUCCUGUACUGCCCAACUGCAGUGGUGAUCGUGGACACGAUUGUUCAUCAUUUCUGUUACGCACAGGGUUGACAGAUGAAUUUGUGCUGGGAAGGAAACUGUAUGAAGUGUACUAUAUGAAAAGAGAGAGACCUAGUGUGUGGGAGAAGACAUGGUGAAAAUGGAGCUGAUACAGAAGGUUUUGGUUUAAGAAGGAGAAAAACUAUUUUGAAACAAGGAAUGAAUGUUAUAUGGAGAUGAAACAGGAUGAGCAGUGAAGCAAGAAAAAGUUGACUAAGAAAAGGCAGGAGAAUGCUAGGAAGCUUACUAGAGAGAAACUUAGCUUCUAAGAUGAAUUCUUUUAACGAGAUUUUUUUGUAUACAUCUCAUGUGUGAACUUGAGGUGUGCUUAUUCAAAUAUCUUAAAAACCCACAGGAUAUUAAGAAAAACUGGAAAAUAAUUUCAGAUGCCUUCAUGAUUUGCUAAACUGCCAUUUUGAAAGCCAGGAACACAGAUUGGGUCACAUGCCCUCCCCUCUCUGAUCCUAGUUAGCUUAAACCACAGCUCUCUGUUAUAUUUAAAAUGGGGAACUGUGGUUUAAUAUUAGCUUGCUAAUCAGGAUUUUAAAAUAUUUAUUGAUUGCAGUUUUGAUUAGUAAACAAAUACUAAACCACACUUUUAAUUGUAGACAUAACAGGAGAGCUGUGCUUCAAGCUAACCAGAAUCAUUGCACUAAGAAAUAGAGAAGCUAAGGGGGAAUUCAUCUUGGGAGGUCAAGUGCAAUUUCCCGAAGUUUAGAGUUUUUUGCAUACUUCUUUUGAUAGGAGAAAUGAAACACCCAGGAUAGAGAAUGUUGGAGAAGGUACGUUGCAGAGAGAUAUUAAGGAAUGGAAAGUGGGGUUCCAAAUUCAGGUUGAAGAACAGCAUGUGCAAGAUGGGAGCAGCUCUGGGCUGCAUGAAAUGAGUGGUGAUGAAAACUAAACAUUGGAAUAAAGUGCAGAGAGUAUGGGGAAGUAUAAAAGGUAGGGGGAAAGGAACAUAGGUGGUUGAUAAAUGUAGUCUCCCAGGAAGCAGUUGAAUAGCCUUGUCCUAGUAGCGUGUUGGGCUCAGAAGCUUAUCUUUCUAUCUUGCUACACUAUUAAAUGUAGUUGAGCAAAGUAAACAUACUAACUGGCAGAGAACAGGUGAUAUGUGAUAGGACAGCUUGCACCGUCAUUCCUCUAAAGAGACCAGAGGAUCUUUGUAGUGGGACAAGCAGUGAAUCUACUUGUCAGAAAAGGAGUAGUUUGGUUUUUAGAGCACAAAAUUCAUCAUACUCUUUUAUUAUCAGUUUGCCAUUCCGAAUUAGAGAUGUACCAGGCCACUGGUGAUAUCUAGCUGCUUGUUAGGCCCCUAACAAUCAGAAUCAGGUGGCAAAAGGCUGAGAGGUAUCUAAUUAUACAGUAUUGUUAAUUCAGUCUUCUAGUGCAAAUCAUGGGAUUUGCUUUGCAAAUUAAGAGAUAUGUUUCUCUUUAAAGAUGGUUGCUGGAUUGUUUUUUGCCCUUGUGCCUCAGAAUUUGUAGAGAUUUUGUUGCUUUUUGAAUAAGUGGUCUCAUUAGGAGUCAAAGUUCCAAAAGUAUCGGUUUCUAUGAAUAAGUGCUCAUUAUUAACUGCCAAUCUUAAUAUUUGAUUUAAAAAAAACUUAGUGCAAGUUGAUGCCUGUUGUGCAUCUGUUGUGUUACAUCUUGUAAACUUGGGAUUUAUGGGUUCCACCCAUUAUUGAAGAUUGCUUAAAACAACCAAUACUCUUAGUGUUCAGCAAGGUUAGCUUCAGCCUUACACUGCUAACUUUUCAGCUCAGAAUUACAAUUCUAUAUCUCUAGCAUCAGAGAUUGGAGCCUGUGUCCUUCCAGAUGUUUGGAUGACAACUUUCAGCAUCCCUGGCCAUUGAUGGGCUGAUAGCAGUAGAAGUCCCAAAACUUCUGGAGGGCCACAUGUUUCCAGCCUCAGCUCUAGUGCCACAAAUCAAUAAGGUCCAGGUGUGCUUUUCCCACAAAAUUGUAAAAUAAAUAGCUCAAAAGCAUGGAAGUGUCAACUGUGAGAUUCUUCCUGCACAUUUUCUCUUAUAAGCAGCGGAAAGAUUCCAGAGGAUUCCCUCAGUCAUAUGAGUUUGCCAUCCUGUCUUUCCCAGCAAAAUUAUUAUACAGUGGUGCUUUGUAGUUCGAACAACUCUUAACUUUGAACAAUCUAGAGUUUGAACAUUGGAGAUGAGAUAAAAUCGCUUCACAGUUCAAACUGUGAGUGAAGUGGGGAAAAAUGCAGUCGCAGCAAAAUCAUCUUUGGUCGUGCAUCCCAGUCGAAGAAAAAGCCUCGAUGUCCUGAAUCAAUUCGUCUUGUGCCAGUUCACCUCAUCUUGACUUGAAUUGAUUUGUCUUGAAUCAAUUCAGGACAUUGAGGCAGCCACAACAGCACUGGGGUGAGUGAGUGUGUUCGAAGGGAGGGGGAGUAUUUUGAAGGGGAUUAAUGGCAAUGUGACUUUUACUAUUUUUUUUUUAAAUUAAACAUUCACCAUAUUUUUUGAUCACACCUUAUAUAAAACCUCAGACUUAAUUCAUUUCAGGAGGCUGUAUUGCUGUUUAUGUUUACCAAAAUGGAUAUUGGGUAGGGUCUGGGAAUAGAUUAAUUCAUUUUCCAUUAUUUUUAAUGAGGAAAAUUGCUUUGGACUUUGAACUAUUCAGAGUUCCAAAGGCCUCCUGAAACCAAUUAAGUUCUAAGUAUGAAGCACCACUGUACUGCUGGUCACAGAGGCUUCAGGGAAAUUAGUGUGCCUUGCACUUGGAUAACUCAGUAUAAUUCUAUGGGAGCUGAAGUAUCUGCUUGAAUAUUUGCAAGUGCAUGAGAGAUGAAAAAGCAGUGUAGUGGUUUACUGAGUACUAGGACAGAACAAAACUAUGGAAGUUAUGCAAGUGCCAGUUUAGGCCAAAAUUCUAGGUUGGCGAUAUUUUUCUUAAGUUGCAAAUGCACCCAGUUUCAGGUUUCAGGUGCAGAAAAGAAGGCUGGAGAAUGUGUCAAAGAAGAGUGGUUUAAGUACUUCAAGGACAGGGGUUGAAAAAUGAUUUGAUACUUGCUGUGGAUUUUAAUUGGAAAGUUUCCAGGUUCAGCGGACAUGGUUGUUCUAUAAAAGAGCCAUCUUUUCUCUUGCGAGAAAGCGGCAUGGCUUGAGUAUCCUGUUUCUUUUGGACAGAAAGAUCCCAAACACUGCAAACCACCCUAAAAAGAUUAGCCUCUUGAAAAGCAUUGUUCUCAGUCCCUUUGACUUCAGGAGAAAGCAAGAGUAGCUUCUUAUGAGGAGAUUGCCUAACUUUCUAGCAUGGAAGGAUGUCUUCCAGUCUCACAGCAAAUUAAAGUGUAGAUUGCCAUGGUGGGAGGGUCUGAGGGUGGGGUAUGGGAAGUGUUAAAGGCUUUUUCAAAUGUUCAGAAGCACGGGAUGUCUUUUCAAGAAAAAAUGAGAAAAUGCAGUUUUAUUGCAUUUUAGAAUUAUUUUUUUAAUGUAUUAAUUUCGAACAAAUCUUUGUUAAUGUUAUUUUUAAUCUGGGUGGCUAAAUGUUUACAGUUGCCUGCCUGACACCUGCUCUUCAAGCGUGUAGGAUCGUGGGGUUGGGUGGGGCACGUGUGUGCAGCGUGUGGUGCAUGCAAUUCAAAUGGGGGAUUUUAAAACAAGCAAAACUGUAAAAAAAAUCAUGCCAAAGGUAAGGCAGAGACUAGCUGGGUAGAUGGUUAUAUUCUAGGCAUUAGCAUUUCACUAUAUUCUCUAUAUAUCAUAUAUUAUAAAUUUGCAUGUUACAGUAAAUAGAAGUUACUUCUAUCUUAUACGGAAAGGGACUUUUAACUUUGGAUUACUUGUAAAUUUGGUCACUUGUCUUGAUUCAGGAUUGCCUGAACACCUUAAGCUUUAGGGGCUGCUUGAUUUUGUAUGAUGUUUUUGUUUUUUUGGUAGCCACCAAACUUUCGCUUUGCUGCCUUUUCAUUAAAAGGGCAUGAUUUUCCAAAGUUUCAAAGAGGGAUUUGAGAGCAGAGCAACUAAACAGCAGCCACAGCAGCAGCAACAAAAUUGACUUGAGUUGCAAAUGGCAUGAAACUAGCAGCCAGUUUGCAUCUUCUUAAAUACUGUAUUUUCCUUUGCUGGCCUGUCAUACUGGAAUUCACAUGAUGGAAAGAUCUAAAGGCUUUGUACCACUGAAGUCCGCCUGGACAGUGCUGCACCCUUGUGAGCAGUCAGGAGGUUUCAGUUUAGCUUUGUUGGUUCAGCCAACCUCCCUCUUGUUACUUCGAAGUAAUCAAAGCUACACUUGUGCACAUUUAUUUAUUGUCCGCAGGGAACUUUGUACAUGUGUGUGUUAAUUUAUUUUUUUAUUUCCCUUUCUUUUGGAGAGUGUACUUUUCAUUGAUAGUAUUUGUGGAGUGGAGGGAUGGAGCAUAGCAAAUAGACUUGGGGUGCAAUCCUAUGCAAGUAUAGACGGAAGAAAAGCCUGUAAUUCCCAGCAUCUCCCAGCCAGUUUAGGAUUGCACCUUAAAUUUCAGGCUGCAGUCUUCAGAACUUUUGUCCAAAUAAAUCCCCAAACUUUACUCUUUUCAAAGACACUUGCAGCACUCAGUCUGUUCAGUAGAUAGGCAUGAAACGUCCUGGAAACCCUUCACUUUAAAAUUCCAAGGACUUUUGUCCUGUCUUCAUGCAGUCCCAGAGACACAGAGAAAGACAGAUUAUAAACAAGGGGCAGAGAUGUACAAAGUUGGUGGAUAAAUUCGUUUCUACUCUGCUGGGCCUUAGAAUUAACAGUCAGUGAAAUUUCUCAUAGGAGAGAAGGUGAGAAGAACUGAGGCUUGGUAUUGGAUUAGUCAUUAUUAUGUAGAUUGAUCAAACUGUGUUGAAGAAAGAUAAGACUUGCUUUAAAACCAUAACUGAAGCUGAUGUUGAAUAUUUUACUUGCCUCCGGGUUUCAGACUUUUAGUGUAUCACAAACGUGCUCACUUGCCAACAAAGCUUUUUUUAAAAAAGAUAUUCGUAAUGUAGAUCAAGCUAUUGUAGAUUGUUUUUCAGACACUUGACUCUCAAGAGUUGCAGUAAACAACACGACGACUUACAGCUCUAUAAAAGAGAUGAAGACACACAUGAGAGUUAAGUGUUCGCUGGCCCGUGGGUGGGAUGGGGAGGAAAGAUAGUGGGCACCCUCCAGAUAUUGGGCUUUUCCAAAUAAGGAAAGAACCCCAUUACUGUCACCUCCAUCAUGACUGGUGAAUUUUACCCAAAAUCGAGAAAUACAAUCCUUAAGUUUGUGAUUCAAGAACUGGUUGAUAGGGGUGAUCUGGUAUACAGGAAUAGGGCUUCAUAAAAAUGGUGCAAUGUCAGGAAAAAUUAUUGCCAUGUCUUGUUUAUGACUGUUUGUAUUUCUGAAGAUGAAUUGCGUGUUACUCUUAGCAGAUCAGUGCAGUUUGAGGGAACCACAUUAUCUCUCAAAAUACUCUGUGAUCAGGUCUGAGGAGAAGCCCUGUUGCAUUUACCCUUUUAGAGGGGAGCUUUAAAAAACAACUCACCACCCCGUAAAAUAGAUAUAGCUAUCCUGUAGAAUUUUUUGUAAUUUGGCUGCAGUUCCACUUUGGUGCUGAAAACCAAACCAUGUUUAAAAAUAUAGGAUUUAUUCCAAAGUACUUCAGCGGCUUGUUUAGAAGGUUAUGGGAUUGGGAACAUCUGUUUGCAUAAUUUAACCAUCCUUUUCCCAUCUCCAGUGAAUUAGGGCCAAUCUACUUGUUCUUUAUCACCACAAGGAGCUACUUGAGCAUGCCAACUCUUCUCACUCAUAUGUCAUGUCCAGUACAGUGUAGCAUAUGGAACCCCCUCGUAUUGGAGGGUUUCCUUUCCAGUGUCAGACGUUCCUAGAGGCAUCCGUUGCCGUCACAAGAGGUAUCCCUGUGACGAGCAUGGGAGUGUAUAUGAUCUGAUUUCUAGUUGGCAUAUAAUUUCAGCUCAUGCGUAUGGCCCUGGGCCCUCUGAUCAGUUUCUGCAUGUGUGAUGGGCUGGAUGGUUGAGCAUACGGCUUUUCCUAUAAGCAGAUACUCUUUCUCAUUUGUUUUGCAGAAAAAUGGUUGGAGGAUUACUAUCCUCCUUGAGUUCCUUCAAGAGCAGUGUGUGAGAUGCUCUUUUCUGUGGCCCAUAAGAAGUAACCCAUCCUGUAGGUUCAGAACAGCACCAUUGGGCAGUUCAUGGUCACCUGCUUCCAUGUACUGUGUGCUAGCCAUUCCUGGGGGGGGGGGUGCUCACUGACCCAAGCCCCACUGCCCAUUACUUGGCAUGUGUGAAGUCUUAGAACAGGGAUUUCCCUCUCCUAGUUAGCGCCUCCCCUACUCACCAGUAGUCCAAACAGCUUGUCAGAAGUAGUUGCCUGCCUCCCAAGUAGUGAGGUCAGUCUGGUCAAUUUCAGUGGAACUUAAAACACACCUACAGUAGUGUAAAGUAAAUGGCAUUCUUCAUUAUUUUUGAAAAGCUUUUUUUUACUCUGUUUGUAAAAACCCUCAUAGAAGCUUAAAAAUAAAUCUUUCUUUCCCUAA